GUUUUAACUUCCCAAUUUCUCUCUCUUCACGUUUGGGAAGCAGCUGUAGAGAGAGAAAGAGAGAAGCAGACUCUCCUACCUCGCUAAAACCCAAGCACGGAAGAGAAACCUUUUAUCAAUAUUCAAAUAUCAUUUUCUCAUCUGGGUUUGGUCUUUUAUGCCUAAUAGCUUCUCUGAUUUUUUUCUUUUUGGGGUUUUGGUGAAAAAUGGAGUACGUGGGGAAGACCCUGAAGAAAGAGUUCGCGGGCUUUGGGGUUUUCUCUGGAAUCGUGAAAUCGUACGACUCGGCUUCUGGCCUUUUCGAGAUCGUGUAUGAGGACGGAGACUCCGAGGAGCUCGAAUUGGCGGAGAUGGCUUCUCUCUUGGGGGUUGCCCCGAGUCUAGCUCAAGCUCAGGAGGCUGUGGAAUACAGGGGGAGGCUCGGCCGCAAGUCCAAGAAGCGGCGUCGGGUGGAACUCGGGAAAGGGGUGACCUCUGAAUCAGGUAACAGUCAGCUUUGUGGAAAUGUUGAUUUGAAUGGUGGGGUUGGAGCGUUACUAGAGAAAGGAAGUGAGUUUGAUAGGAAUUUUAGCGCUAGUGUCUCUCUGUCUGAAGGGGAUACCAAUUUGGAUCGAAAUGUUGGUUUGAAUGAUGGGGGGCAUAAUUCUGAACACAAGUUUGAUUUAAAUGCUGCUAGCUUUGAUUUGAAUGUAACUGAUGAGGAUGAUUUAGGUGACGGGGUUAAUUUAAAUAAUGACUUUCAGCAAGGAUUGGAGAAGGGAAAAUGCUUUGAUCUGAAUUCAAAUGUGAAUCCUGAGAUGGAGGAAAAUUUGAAGGAGGUUAGUUUGGAGGGAAAUUUGAAGAAAAGGAAAUGUGGCUUUGAUUUGAAUUUGGGCGCCGAUGAGGAACUUAAGGAUGAUGCAAUUGACAACUGUGGAGGACAAGUGAAGGAAAGUACUGGAAUUGAGGUCGCCGAAGGGACUCUAAAGGUAGAGGGAGAGCCUUCCAGUGAAAUUGAGGGAGUUGAUGCCCGCGGUGGUAUUAUUGAUGGGACAUUGAUAGAAGUUUAUGUCUCUGAGGAUUUCCAUCGCGGGUUGGUUGACAGGAAUCAGGUGGAAGGUGGUAUUUCGGUUGUAGAUGUGAAAGUGACUGAAUCUGUCUCGCUAUUGGAAGUUAAUGGUUUAAAUGGUUAUCACACAUUAAAUGAUGAGAAUCAAGAGGAUGUUGGAAGUGGUAAUGGAUGGGCGAGCUCUCGGAGAAAGAGAAGAAAGCGUUCAGAUAAUUUGAAUGCUACAGCUGAAAGGGUGUUGAGGAGAAGUGCUCGUAGAGGGUCUGGUAGAUAUGAUGUUCAGGAAAUCGCACCAUCUAUCGUGGUCAAUGAUUUAUCAGCUACAGUGGUUGGUGCAGUGACAGAGGAGAAACCAUUGAUUUCCAGUGGUGAACGGGCAGAUGAUCCUACCUUUCUUCCUCCUAAGCUGCAACUGCCACCUUCUUCAGGGCAUUUGAUUUUGGAGGGAAUGCCUAUCCUUGAGCUUUUUUCUGUUUAUUCUUGUUUAAGAACAUUCAGUACUUUAUUAUUUCUAAGCCCCUUUGAGCUGGAGGACUUUGUGGCGGCAUUGAAUUGCAGGUUCCCUACUCCAUUAUUUGAUUGCAUUCAUGUUUCGAUUUUGCAAAUACUAAGAAAGCAAUUGGAGUACUUGUCAAAUGAGGGUUCUCAGUCUGCUUCCGAUUGCCUGAGGAAUCAAAAUUGGGAACUUUUAGACAUGAUUACAUGGCCCAUUUUCAUGGUCGAAUACCUGCUAAUUUGUGGUUCAGGAUGCAAACCUGAAUUUAGUAUCAGUGACUUGAAGCCAUUUGAAUGUGAUUACUACAAGCAGCCUGUAUCAAUAAAGGUUAAGAUACUUCAGUAUUUGUGUGAUGAUAUGAUGGAGGUAGAAGUUAUAAGGUCAGAGCUUAGUAGAAGAUCGUUGGCAGCUGAAACUGAUGUUGAUUUUGAUAGGAAUGAAGUUCACAAGAAAAAACGGGUUUCUGUAGAAGUGUCUGGCGUCUCUUGCUUGACCGAGGAAGUUGUAAAUGACACCACUGACUGGAAUAUUGAUGAAUGCUGCCUUUGUAAGAUGGAUGGAAAUUUAAUAUGCUGCGAUGGUUGUCCUGCUGCAUAUCAUUCAAAAUGUGUAGGGGUUGCUAGCGAUUCUUUGCCAGAAGGUGAGUGGUACUGUCCUGAGUGUGCCAUUGAGAGGCAUAAACCUUGGAUGAAACUUCGUAAGUCACUUCGUGGAGGAGAGUUGUUGGGAAUUGAUCCUUAUGGUCGUUCGUAUUUUAGCUGCUGCAGCUACCUGUUGGUGUCAGAUUCAUGCGAGAAUGAACCAUUAUCCAAUUACUACCACAGAGAUGAUCUGAAUGUUGUUGUUGAUGUGCUCAAGGUGUCAGAGAGAUUAUAUAGUAGCAUAUUAAAGGCAAUCUAUAGACUCUGGGACAUCCAUAUUCGCUCAGACGGAGCAAAUGGUAAUAUGGAUUCCGGAACCCAAAAUGUGUGCUCGGACAGGUGCACGCCAGAAACAUUUCCAGUUAAGAAUGAUACUCCCAAUGCAAGAAAAACAGAACAGAAGUUUGUUCCUGAUACUGAGGUUUCAAGGUCUGUGAGGUUCCAUUCGGAGGAUGCAGUGGAAAUCCGAUAUGUGAGUUCUGAGGGAUCUGUUGAGACCACCCAAACUAGUUCGGGUAUUGCAAAUAUCAAAACAGAAAGGCCUGGCAUAUGUAGUAUGUCUGUUGAAAUCUCAAAUCAGACUGAGCUGCCUGGAAAGUUCCCUUAUCUUGAAGACAAUUCUUUGUCAUCUUCUGUUUUGAAUAUCAAAGGAGAUGUCAAUGUAGUAUCUAUGUCUCCUGUACCUCCCCUAUCCGAAAAACAAAGAACAGGAGACACACAACAAGUGCAGAGUGGAACUGGUUAUGUUAACAGUUACAGUUUUGCUCAUGUAGCAUCUUCAGUUGCAGAAGAGUUGUUGCAUAAGUCAUCAGAUAAAAUCAGUCAAGAGUUCAUGAAAUCAGAAGAGGAGGUGUUUUCGUCACAGAUGACGGCCAUUUGGAAGAAAUGGAUGAAGUUCUGUUGGUCAGGUGUUCGGAAUCUAAGUGUCAAUGUGCAGAAAGAGAAGUGUGGGUGGUGCUUUUAUUGCAAAGCUCCGACUGAUGACUCAGAUUGCUUGUUUAACUUGAAUCCAGGCAUUCUUAAGGAAGAGUCUAGAAGUGAGUUGGUUGGCUUUCACUCAAAAAAAGAGAGAAAUGGCCAUCUCACUGAUGUCAUUUACCAUAUCCUGUCAAUUGAAGAACGUUUGCAAGGGCUACUAUUGGGUCCUUGGCUAAACCUGCAUUACUCAAAGGUCUGGCAUAAAAAUGUUCUCAGGGCAUCAGAUAUUGUGUCUGCAAAACAUGUGUUGCUUACUCUAGAAUCAAAUCUGCGCCCUCUUGUUCUUUCACCUGAGUGGUUUAAGCAUGUAGAUUCUAUGGUGACAAUGGGUUCUGCUUCUCAUGAUGUGACUGCCUCCUUACGUUCAUCUUCUAAGCAUGGGGUUGGCAGAAAAAGGGGUAGGUGCUCAGAUUUGGAGGUCAACCCUUCUUCACGUUCUGCUGGUGGACUUGUUAUGUUUUGGCGGAGGGGUGGAAAACUUUCUCGGCAGCUGUACAAUUGGAAAGUUUUACCUCGCUCUAUGGUGUCCAGAGCUGCCAGACAAGCUGGUUGUACAAAAAUACCGGGAAUUCUUUAUCCUGAGAGUACAGACUUUUCAAGGAGAAGCAAGUGCAUUGCAUGGAGAGCUUCCGUUGAGUCAUCCACAAGUGUAGAGCAGCUUGCUUUGCGGGUUCGAGAGCUUGAUUCAAUCAUCAGGUGGGAUGAAAUUGAAAACACGCAUCCGCUAUCUAAGCUGGACAAGGAAUUCAAAAAAUCAGUCAGGCUGUUCAAGAAGGUUGUCAUUCGCAGGAAGUGCAUAGAAGGGGAAGGGUUGAAAUACCUUCUUGAUUUUGGCAAGAGGAAAACUAUUCCUGAUGUUAUCGUGAAAAAUGGGUCCAUGAUUGCAGAAUCUUCUAGUGGAAGGAAGAAAUAUUGGCUGAACGAAUCUUUUGUGCCCUUAUACCUUUUGAAAAGUUUUGAAGAGAAAAGAAUUGCUCGUAACUCCGGCAACAUGAGUUCCCAAAGAGUUUCUGAGGCAUUUAGAGUAGUGAAAAUGCCGUCGACAGAACGGGGGUUUCAGUACCUUUUCUCAAAGGCAGAGAGAUCUGAGUAUUAUCAGUGCGGACACUGUAACAAAGAUGUUUUGAUCAGGGAAGCUGUUUGCUGCCAGUAUUGCAAUGGAUAUUUUCAUAGAAGGCAUGUUAGGAAGUCUGCUGGGGCUGUAACUGCUGAAUAUACUUAUACAUGUCACCGAUGCCAUGGGGGAAAUUGUGUCAAGACUGAUGCGAGAACAGGGAAGAAGGCCACGAAAGGAAGGAAAAAAAACACAGAAAGUAUGAAGCCUAAGCCUCAAGAUGGUAAAAAAUCAUCUAGAGAAUGCAGGUCAGUGAAACUAAAAGACGGCAAAAAUGCAUCAUCAAGGCCAGUAAAAUCACAAAAAUACAAAAAGAUCGGUGCUGGCAUAACGUUGCGCCGUUCACCUAGAAAACUUAAAUAUGUGCCAGUGCAGAAUAAAAAGCGAAGAGUAUGCAAUAAAGGGAAACAAGUAAGGUCGAGAAGAGGGAACUUCAAGGAAUCAAAGAAAGUUACUUCAUGGCGCAAGAAAAGAACACAGGCUUACUACAGUUACUGGGUCAAUGGUCUACAGUUGGCGAGAAAGCCAGAUGAUGAGAAGCUAAUGGUUUUUAGGAGUAAAAGAUUUUUAGCCCCUUCUGAAAAUAUGACUGUUAACCUUGAUCAACACAAAUGCCGUCUUUGUGGAGGAGGAGGGUAUACAUCAACGUCAAAUUAUGUUGCCUGCGAACAUUGUGGAGAAUGGUUUCACGGGGAAGCUUUUGGACUAAAUGCGGAGAAUGUUUCUUUACUAAUUGGAUUUAGGUGCCAUGCUUGUCUUAAGAGGACAUCCCCAGUUUGCCCCCAUAUGCGAAACAUGGGAAUUAAGGGAUCUCAGCUUGGUGUUGGACAAAAUGCCAUUGGUUGUUCUGAGGAAGAAUGUAAUAUAGUCCCUCCUCUGAUUGAGGUUAAUUCUGGAAACAGGUCUCUUGCAAACGAGGAUCUUCAAGUUUCUUUGUCAUUUGAUGGGUGUUCUGCUAAUGAGGAGCAGUUAAGUUGUGCUCUGGACUCGAAUCAAAGAUUAACGUCAGAAUCCAAGCUAGAAGCAGAAAAUGGGCAUGCACUAGUAGUACAUAAGCAGCAGAAUCCAGACACAACUGAAAUCACCAAAGAGGAUUUGAAACCAGAUUUGCUAACAAUGUCUGACAAAAAUCUUUUGCAGGAAGUGGAAACAAUCAAAAAAGGACUCGAUGAUUUUGAAACUUCUGAUAACAAGGUGCAGGUUCCUUCCAGCAAGAUUGCAUUAGAUGUUGUAGAUGCUAAAGUGGCAGUGAUGGAGCAUGACAGGGCGAAGGAUGACCUAUCAAGUAUCCUGAAGUUGGCAAGUGAUUGAGCCCUUCUCGACUCCAUUGACUUGCAUAUGCAGGUAUUUAUGGUGUCUGAAGAAUUUUUAGGCGAGAGCAUCCCCAGAGUAGAAAAGAGGAGCAAUCUUCUCUCUUUUUGUAGAAGAGGUCUGCCAGCACUGCAAAGAAUUACUUGUAAAUCUUACAAUGUUGUUGAAAGUAAUAGUCACAGACUCACAGUUUUAGUGACCACAAUGAUUCAUUUUGAGCGGAGUAAUAAAAGAGUUUACUGACCUCCAUUUGCCCUAUAUACUGCUACAAGGCUCUCUAAUUUUGAAGGUUUACAGACAGCUGACCAUGCCUUCAAGUGUAGCAUACUCAUGAAAGAAGUGGAAACAUGAGCUGGUCUGCUGACAGUUGUGGAAGAUCAUCUUUGCAUCCUCAAAGAUCCUGUUUUGAAGAAUGUGUUAAGUUGCUGAGUCGCGUUUGAUUCACAUAGUGAUGCUUCCAGGGUUGGAUUAACUAGAGAUGGAGAUGAUGAACAAAAUUAUGACAGCGGAUGGUAAUUAUUCAUCUGGGUUAGACAUUGAUAUCUUUCCUAACUUGAGAUUAGAUUCGGAAUUAUUGAACUUAUUUAAUAGCUGGAUAGAUCAGCUCUUUUAAGCACCAAAGUACCUUAUAUUUCUUCUUUGUUGCUUGAGACCAGUUACUUUAAGCAACACAAUUGUAGAUAUCAUUUUCUUCCAUUGAAAUUGAAGUCUUUGAUUAUUCUGACCGC